AUGUUGCAACGAUUGGUCGUUGCAUUAUGCCUGCUUGGGUUUGCGGCCUUGACUGCGGCCGCCGCACAUCAGCGUCCAAACUUCGUCGUUAUUUUCACUGAUGACCAAGAUGGAAUUCAGAACUCCACGCAUCCGCGCUACCAGCCCAAGCUGCAUGAGCACAUCCGCUACCCCGGCAUUGAGCUCAAGAACUACUUCGUCACGACUCCGGUGUGCUGCCCAUCGCGCACCAACCUCUGGCGCGGCCAAUUCAGCCACAACACCAACUUCACGGACGUCCUUGGGCCCCACGGCGGCUACGCAAAGUGGAAGUCGCUGGGCAUCGAUAAGUCCUACCUGCCUGUCUGGCUACAGAACCUGGGCUACAACACUUACUACGUUGGGAAGUUCCUUGUGGACUAUUCGGUCUCCAACUAUCAAAAUGUGCCUGCUGGGUGGACGGACAUAGACGCUCUGGUUACGCCAUACACAUUCGACUACAACAACCCCGGCUUCUCCAGGAACGGUGCCACACCCAACAUCUACCCCGGCUUCUAUUCCACUGACGUCAUCGCGGACAAGGCGGUGGCCCAGAUAAAGACAGCGGUGGCGGCCGGGAAGCCCUUCUAUGCGCAGAUCUCCCCCAUCGCUCCACACACGAGCACACAGAUCUAUUUCGACCCGGUGGCGAAUGCCACCAAGACUUUCUUCUACCCGCCCAUCCCCGCCCCGCGGCACUGGGAGCUCUUCUCCGACGCCACACUGCCCGAAGGCACAUCCCACAAGAACUUGUACGAAGCUGACGUGUCCGAUAAGCCCGCCUGGAUCCGUGCCCUGCCGCUGGCCCAGCAGAACAACCGCACCUAUUUGGAAGAGGUGUACCGCCUGAGGCUGCGAUCGCUGGCCUCCGUGGACGAGCUGAUCGACCGAGUGGUGGCAACACUUCAGGAAGCCGGCGUCCUCGACAACACAUACCUCAUCUACUCCGCCGAUAACGGCUACCACGUCGGCACCCACCGCUUCGGUGCUGGCAAGGUGACUGCUUACGAUGAGGACCUCCGAGUGCCCUUCCUCAUCCGGGGUCCUGGAAUCCGAGCGUCACACAGCGAUAAGCCAGCUAACAGCAAGGCAAGCGAUGUGGGGCUUCAUGUGGACUUUGCACCCACCAUCCUGACUUUGGCGGGUGCUGGAGACCAAGUGGGUGACAAGGCGCUGGACGGCACACCGCUGGGUCUUUACGCCAAUGAUGACGGCAACCUCCUCGCGGACUACCCCCGCCCUGCAAACCACCGCAAUCAGUUCCAGGGCGAGUUUUGGGGCGGCUGGAGCGACGAGGUGCUGCACCACAUCCCGCGCUACACGAAUAACUCCUGGAAGGCCGUACGGGUGUACGACGAGGACAACCAGCAGGCUUGGAAACUCAUUGUGUCGUGCACAAAUGAGCGGGAGCUGUACGACCUGAAGACCGACCCUGGAGAGCUUUGCAAUAUCUACAACAAGACCCGGGCCGCUGUUCGGACCAGGCUUGAAGCGCUUCUGGCGGUUCUGGUGGUGUGCAAGGGCGAAAGUUGCACGAACCCAUGGAAGAUCCUCCAUCCAGAAGGUUCCGUCAACUCUUGGAACCAGUCCUUGGACCGGAAAUACGACAAGUACUACGCCAACGUCGCACCCUUCCAGUAUAGGACUUGCUUGCCGUACCAGGACCACAACAACGAGGUUUCUGCCUUCCGAUCGACAGUGGCGGCGGCAGCGGCGGCGGCGGCGGCGGCGGCAGCGCAGCAGCCUGGCCGUCGCCGGAUGUACACGUGGACCUCUGCUGGCCGUCAACUGUCCGCGACAGCAUCGGCCAUCGCCACCAGCCCACAGCCGCGUUCGGAGCCGUUCGUUGCUGAGGUGGAGCGCCACUCGGUCCCAGUACCGGCCGAGGUGCUUCAGUCUGACGUCGCCAAAUGGUUCGAUAAUCCGCUGGCGCUUGCUUAA